AGAGGUUUGAAACCUUUUGAGAAUGCGUCUUUAUCAGUGGUUGGAGAAGAGCAGCUUUGUCUGUUAGGUACUGGUCUCAAAUUUUGGAUCAUGGGACAUCCUGGCCUCAGUAGUUUCCAAGUAUGGGUGGGAACUAGAACCGGAUCAGCCAUGUCAUGGAGCAAGUCACUAUUAGUGAAACGAGCCUACAAACAUUACAAGUUUUCUGAUGGGAUGAGUUUUUUGGCAGACGAGCAGAACCAAGUUGUAAUGUAUAUGAGCCCCGACAACAUCUUACACAUUGUGAGCGAAACGAAACACAUACGAGACGAUAACCACGUUGGAGAUUCUACAUGCAUAUCAUCUUGCUCAGUUCUUCUCAAUUAUGCUCCAAGUCUGGCUCAAAUCCAACAAGGUUGUCUUCCUGGAGGAAACAAAAGGAAAGCACCUAGCAUGUGA